CAGCGUGUGAUAACCCAGUCAACAGAUGAUGGAGGAAGUAUAAAAUAUAUACAGAAUGGAAAUGUUGUCAGAGUUUCCAUGCCUUAUUGUACAAGACUUAAAUCAUCUGCAUUAUGAUGGCUACAUCAAUAUAUGUAAAGAGAUAUACAGACUUGAGAUUAAGGUACCACCCUCAAGGAGACUUUCGGAGGCCACGGUGAACUGUGAUUGGAGGUUACAUAGGAUCUUAAAGGACUUUAAGACAGUUAUUUCCCAGAGAUUGAGACAAUGUGAGAAUAUUGUUUCCUUUGUUAAAGAGCUUCAGAUGAUUGCUGAGCGGGAGUUGGAAGGUGUAAAUGAAAACACUCCUGAAUCGUCAAAGUUCUGUCAACAAUUGAUCGGCCAUAUUGAAACAUUAGGAUGGGAAAGAUUAGUAUUCAUAGACCAGUCAUUCACAGAGCUACAUGUACAGUAUAUAGACAAUGAUAGGAGGGAACAUACCAUGAAAUUAUUCAUCGGAAAUCAGUAUCCAGUUGGCACACCUAAAUGUUCAGUGGAGCUACCUUCAAAAUUUGACCUACAUUGGACUACACAGAGUGAGUUAAAAGAUGCAUACAAACAGUUCACUGCAGCUGUAGACUCCUACAGGGAAUUCUGGGAUGUGAUGUCAGAAAUAGAUUCAAACACAUGGGUCCUAGAGCCAGAGAAACCUACUUACAGUGCUAGACAUAGGAGAAUUGCCAUUAGUGCAAGUGUUUCUGUACAACUUACAGUAGAUCCAGCACACCCUCGUGUACUUCCGGAAUGUAAAUUUCUAGGUUCAGAUCAAGCCAUUGCACCUGUCAGACGAAAUAUGAACGCCAACAUACAUUUUUGGGAUGAGAGACUAGGUCUUCUAGAAAAUUUACAAACUUUACUGGAUGUGAAAUUUCCUUCUCCUACAAAUUCUAAGAAAGAGGAGUUCAGUGUUGAGUGUGGUAUUUGCUAUGCUUACCGUAUGGAUUCAGAAAUUCCAGAUGAAGUUUGUAAUGACACAAGAUGUGGUCAGGCUUUCCAUAAAACAUGUGUUAUAGAGUGGUUAAGAGCAUUGCCUUCCAGUAGACAGAGUUUCAAUACAAUAUUUGGUAAUUGCCCAUAUUGUGAAAAG